AUGCCAAAACAUGAAUUCUUUGUAGACAUGAGCCGUGAAGGGUGCUCGAAUGCCGUCAGCUGUGUUCUCAACAAGCUAGGAGGUGUUCAGUUUGAAAUUGACCUGCCCAACGAGAAGGUGAAUAUAGACUCAGAGCACAGUGUUGACACCUUACUGAACACCCUGAAGAAAACUGGGAAGGAUGCCUCUUACCAUGGAGACAAAUAG